GAUGGAGCUAUUUUUCGCGACGGACGUUUUGCGCAUGUCAAAAUAAAAUGUCAUUCAUAUAUCAUUUUAUUUUGUGAAUUCGUAAAAUCGAGUUGAUUUCGUGAAAAUACGCGGACGUGGUUGCCUCCAGUUUCGGACAUGAGCGUCUUUUCGUCGCGGACCAUUGUGUUCUUCGAAUAGUGUAGAUCAUAAGUGAUUUCCCGUAGUUUUAGACAUAUGAAUUUUCGCAAUUUCCACUGCAAAAAAUAAUAUCUUGGAGGAUUUCCCCCGAUUUUCCAGGCACUGGUGUUGUGUAUUUUCCUGGCUGUGCAAUGGACAUAAUGUGGUAGAAUUUCCACCUUAGUGAUUAGUGCUUACAGUUUUCUAUUUUGGACUGCUAUUAGGGUCUAAAUUUACUUCCAAAGGUGAUGUGAUAGAUUGGUUUGGGAGAGACGCAGAAAAUUGCAUAAAUGGAUGCGACCAACGCAAAGAAGCACAAGAUAAAGUGACCCCAACAACGAAUUUUGGAAAUUCCAGCACAAAACGCAACAAUGCUAUCCUACACCAGCCGUCCAAAGCGAAACACUGAAAGCGACACUAUAAAAAACCUUAAAAUUAAAAAGAAAGCGAGCUUACCAACUAUAAAACACCCAAUCCGUUUACAGUGGGGGUUCUAAAAGCUUUAACUACCAACUUCUACAUUCUAGAAGAUUCUAAUAAUACUUGCCUUCUCUAGUUCUUGAUUGGUCCAAUUUUUUCGUUGUAUUAUAUAUAUACUUGAUUAUAUUAUAUCGAUGUUAGUGCUAGAUAUAGUGUAUAGGCGUAGUUGCGUGAAGUUGUAUAUUUCUACGGUGAAAUAGUGAGAGUGGUGCUGUAAUGGAGCAACCUGAGGUGGAGAAAGGCUGUCCGGCCUCCGACGACGCCGGACUCAGUAGAAAUAGGAGUUUCAAAUCAAAACAGCUCGUGCGCAGUCAAGCGAUCCGCGAAUCCACAUCUCCCCCUCGAACCGUCUCACCAUACGCGAGCAAAGACGCGGCGUCGAAAGAGCGUACCGAUACAGUCACCAGUGACAGGACCGACAACAGUGACUCCAGCCACAGUGACAGGUGCACCGUCGUCACCUGUGACAGGAAGCAACCCGUCGAAAUACAGAUAACGGGAGGUGGAUGGGAGUCAGAGGGGCAGUCGGAGCAGAGGCUGCGCACGCGGCGCUGGCUCGGCCACCGCCCGCACUCGGACUCGUCGCGCGACCUGCUGUCCUACAACCCGCGCGUCGCGUGCGUGUGCGGUGCGUGCGCGUGCCCGCACUGCAGAGGUCGUCGAAGGAAGCACGCGUGCCCGACGAAGCAAGACUCGGGCAUUGUGUGCUCUGAGGACUGCCCAGACUGCUCCGACUCUGAGCACGCUGGUCCAAACGGGGAUGGUGCUAGAAAAUCUGACAGUUUUGAUACAGAAGAGCAAACUUUCUACUGCAGGUGUCCUGAACGCAAAGAGGCUCCUAAGACCGUGUCUCUGGGAGGGAUCGACCAAGACGAACCCACGGGUCCUGAGCUAGUGAACUUCUUAAGAGACACCCUCAACAAGAACCCCAGGGACAGAGCAACGCUGCUGCGAAUAGAAAGGGAGCUGCAUUCUCUAGUCAACGACAACGGAAGGUGCAUAGUUCGGUUCCCGGUGAUGACGUCAUACGGCCGCAUGUUGGUGCAUCGCUGCGCCUCGUUGUUCCAGCUGGCGCAUCAUUUGGACCAUUCCAAUAAGAACUCCGUUCUAGUGUCCAAAAGCGGUACAAGUGGCGGGCGGAUACCGUGCACAAGCUUCCGGGAGUGGUGCACUGCAACUUUCCCACGAUCGCCGCCAAGGAGGCACGAAGACACACUAGCCAAGUCAAUACUGAAAAGGUGCGAAGGUGGCUCGGGUUCCGUGCCAGCGGUAUCGGGCGGAAGAAGCAAAUCGCUGGAACAACGAGAGAGGGAAUAUGAGCGAGUGAGACGCAGGAUAUUCAGCACGGAUAACUGCACGCAAGAUGAAUCUCAAUGGCCGUGGCUGGCAUCUGGACCCGUCAAACUGUUGACGCCUGAUACUGGGAGGAACAAACUGUUAAAAGUACAAUCAUUGGAAAGCCGCGGCGGUGAGACCAGCGUCCGCGGCCCGGUGUCCAAGAGUCACAGUUUUGGUGGAUACACUGGUGAACCCGCACAGCAGAGGAUGCUCAGUAAACAAGGUGAUCAGGCGUUAAGUAGCUGGCGGUUGUCACCCUCCAGUUCAGGGUACAAGACCCUCAGCUUGCGAAGCACGGACUCUGUCACCCCUUCGCCUUCCCCUACAGGCGGCACGAGUCCCGAGCCGGGCAUCGAAGCGACUACCCUCGUGUGGGCCGUCACCAACAUGUCUGCCGUGCCGCCCGGGGCACUCGUCAUACACCCACAGACUGGUCGUCCGUUAAUGAACCCCGAUGGCAGUAUCUACCACUUCGAUCCUAACAACCCGCCGGUUUUAUACAAUACUGCUGCAUACGUCCCUAACGACGAAAAGGUUGAUUCAAACAAUGAAACAAGGAGGGGGAAAUUAGAAAAACAACACUCAUUUAUUGACAACGAGUGCGAGUGUCAGCCGGCAGAGGAGUGUCGCGCCAAGUGUUGCUGCGAGUGUCGGAGACAUGAGUGCUCUCAGAAGACCACCAACGGGGAAAAGGGCUCACCACAAAAAGUAAAAUCAGCGUCCAACCCAACCACCCCAAUAAAAACCAGAUACGAACCAAAACCACCCUCACCUGAACCAAAACCAGAAGCAACACAAACCAGAAACCAACCAGAACCAAAAACAAACCACCAGCUCGAAAACCAUCACCAAAAUCCAAAAGAGCCUCCAAAACCAAUAGAAAACCAGAAAAGUUACGAAGCACAAAACUCAACCAAUCAGAGCCCUUCGAAUCCAAGGUCAUCAGAAUCAGCCAAUCAGAGGCCGGUAUACGAGCAAAGGGCUUACGAUCCAGCCAAUCAGAGAGGUUUUGAGAAUCGGUUCGAUAAUCGGAUAGAGCUUCAAAACCAAAGGGUUGUUAAAAUGCCUGAGGAAGGUUUUCAACAGAAUUAUGUUCAGGGAUUUAGAAGUGAAGAUAUAACAUCCCCACAAGCGGUGAUCACUUACCCUCAAGCAGACGCGGCGGAGAUGCAAAACAUGAUGCAAGCAAAAGUCACGCCUAUACCCGCGCCCGAUCACAAUAUACGGCCGAUGUCUCUGACCAACGUGGUGUAUCCAACCUCAAUCCCGCCGCCCAACGCUUACCCGUAUCCGUGCAGAAUUGAGCAAUCAAUGCAGCCAGCUCCCAUGUACCAACCGAUGAUACAGCAGCCUGAAGAGCAGAAACACCACACACCUUCACCUCACAACGAAAACACAUUCAGAAUUGAUCCGAGUUACCCGUAUGCGGCAGAUUUCAGUGCCGCUUGCGGCGCGUGCGAACCCGUGACGAUACAGCAGCCAAGAGGUUACAACGUGCCAUACGGUCAAGUGGAGGUUCCGCCCGGUGUGAUGCAGCCCUAUUCCGUACCCAAUGUACUGAUACAGCAACCCAUGCAACCUUACCCGUAUCAAGAACAAAUGCCGCUUCAAUGGCAAAGCAUUCAGCCUCCAGCACUAAGCGCGCCGGCCGCGCACAAAGUGAUGCUGCAUGAUCUGUAUCCAGUGAUCUAUCCCAACGUGUACCAGCCUUACAACAUCGUGUACCCACAGGUUAUACCACAACCAUACCCACUAGUACAGCCAAUGUACCCGAUAUUGGACAAGCACGAACAGCGCGCGCCGUCACUCCCAUUAACACGUCCCAAACGCGUGCCGUCUCGCGCGACGUCGCACACGCCGCCCGAAGCAGACGCGCGCCAGAGCGAGAUAGCGAUGAAGAUACAGCAGAUCAAGGAGCAGAUGGCGCAGUUGAACACGAAGGAGAGGAACAGGAAUGAGUGGCGCAGGCGGAACAGCGGCAGUGGACUGCUGGGCAGCUGUCCUGACAACUUUACCGCGCGAGUCCCGGGGCCGGCGCACGACGAAGCGCAGCUGAGUUCGGCGGCGCGAGCAAUAGUCAAUUCAAUACGAAACAUGCAACAUAAGGGUAAUUAUCAACACGACAACCGUCGGUUCGAGCCGCGCGGUGACCGCCAAGAGUUCCGCGGUCGGGGCUUCAGACCGUUCGAGCCGCAUCACCGAGACGCGAUGCAGGAGCGAGACGACCGCCGGGACCGCCGACCGCCACCGCCUCCCUUGUACAGACCGCCCUACUUGUUCCGACAGAUGUCGCCCGGCACAUGGUGCAGACGGUCACCGGGGCCCGUACCACCCGCUUUUAACCAACCGCGUCGGCCGUACCCGGACGCUAGGAACGGACGCCGCUAGACAAAAUAUUAGUUUUAGUGAUAAAUAGUUUACCUCGAACAUAUCCCAAUAUUACAUGUUUUUCCUUUUGAUAGAAAAUAACUCUCAAAACGUGACCUCAACUUAAAAUCUAUCGCGGAUAAAAUCUAUUUUACCGAUUAGCCGAAAAAAAAUCGUUGAAAAAACCAAUUUUGCUAUAAAAAAGGAAACGUUAAAAAUAUUUAAAAAUAAAAUGUCAUCUUAGGGCCGAAUGUGUAACGCUAAAAUAAAUAAAAUAACCAACUGAAACAUAACUUCAAAACUUAACUUAAAAAAGAAUUUAUGACAUUUUUUGUAUUAGAAAUCUGUCAAAGAAAAUCAAUUUUUUUUGACAGUAAAAAUUUUUUUGGGGUUUUCUAUUCGACCCUUGGUUAAAUAAAAAUUCAUAUUCACUUUUGUUUUAUGUAGGGGAGUUAAUUUCUAUCAAAACAUAGAUUUUUUGUUAAACCAUCAAAAAUCGGGACACGCCAUACACAACACAAUAAAGCGCACAACACACGAAU